CGGAUGUAUAUAAUUUCUGAACGUAUCUACGGAUAGUAUAAAUGUGUAUGAAGUCAAUUUUGGGAAAAAUAUUCAAACAUUCGUAAUAAAUAUGGAAAUUUUACCCAGACUGCAUCUCUUCAAAAUGGCGGCGCCCAUGAAGAUAUUUCGCGAGCUGAGUCGAAAGGGGUUUGAUCCAAGACAUGUCAACCAUGGACCUAUCACCAGGAGUAUGUUCUGCCAGCCCUGUGGGAAGCAGACUGUACACUACGCCAGAGCUUCCUCUGUGGCAGCAUCGACUGAGCCGAGUGCUCAGACCAGAGAGCCUGUCCCACAACCCCCUCCAGUCAGGAGCAUCUUCAGAACACCAGUCUCCAACCCUGUGAACCACGGCCUAGAGCAGGAGGCACAGUUCUACACCAUCCCACCUGAUGAGUACAAGACUAUGUUUCCUCAGGACCAUGGCAUGCCUUCCAGAUUUAAGAAGCAGGUUGACACCUUCACAGAAGCCUGUAUAAUGGUCAGAAAACCCAGUCUGGAAGUGAUGAGCUACUUACAACAGGCCAACUACUCCCACCCAGCUAUUAGAUAUGUCUUUUACGGUAUACGGGGGACUGGAAAGACAUUGUGCCUGUGCCAUGUUCUACAUUACUGCACCAAGCAGGGCUGGGUUGUGCUCUUCUUUCCUAAAGUAAGUAACUGGGUUAAGAAUGUAAAGGAGAUCCAGCCGUCCUUCCACAACCCUGAGCGGUACGACCAGCCGCUGGAAGCUGUCGCCUGGCUCAAGACUUUCAAAGUCUCAGCUGCAGAUUCCAUCAAGGAAGAUACGCCUGCUGGUGGCUGUGGAUGGUGUCAACUCCUUAUUUGGACGAACAGUUGUUAGAAAACCAGACAGGUCAAUGGCUUACGCCAGUGAACUCUCAUUGACCUACAAUCUCCGCAAGCUGGUGCGAAAUGACUGGAGAGGUGGUGCCAUUGUCACUGCAGUGAAAGAAGCAGGAUUUCUGGGCAUGGAGGGAGAGAAGAAGGACCACCGCCGCUAUACUCGUCACGAAGACCACCCUGACAUCUACCACGACAUCUUGGAUCACGUGUCGGCAAGACCGCAAACGUUCACGCCGGAGGCUCUGCUGGGGAAGGAGGGGUUUGAGUACAUGGACCCGUACGUCCCCGUGCUGGUGGAGAAGUACACAGAGAAGGAGAUAGAGAGCUGUCUGGAUUACUACACAGACAGGAUGUGGAUACAGAAUGAGAAAUGUUGGACAGAGGCAGGCAGGCAACAGCUGAAGUUUCUUAGUGGGUAUGAACCUGCCGAUCUGGAGAGAAUAUGUGGUCCCUUGUAGCCCAUCAGAGACACCUUUUCCUGCAAGCAGCUGCCGAGCUGGCAUAGAUAUGACUCGGUUCAUCUAGCUUAACCCUGAUUUUUCAACAUGGAAUAAUGCUCAGAUCAAUCUGACUGUAAAAGACACGUGAAGCUCCUACAAUGUCUGACCAACGGUCCAACCCCAUUAUAAGGCACUUAGAUAAAGAUGAUACAGAGAUAUGUAAUAUGUAUCUGUAGUAAAACCGUGAUGAACAAUUUUUGUCUGACGCAUGUUUUGUCCAUCUGGUUAGACAUCUAUUUAAUGUUCAUUUUAUUAAACUAAUUGUUCAAACCUCAGCCUAUAUUCUACAUGUACUUACGUGGCCAGGCCUUUGUAUCAUCAUCAGAGAUGACGAAUGCAACCACCCCUUAUGUAUACAACAUGUCCAAGCUGGGACCAACCCUAGACAUUGCUAAAAUGAAACUCUAGACCACGGAUUUAUAGAAUUCAAUCCAGAUGGUCAAGCAGUGGGGUUGUAUUAUUUCUUGCACCAUGGGAACAUGUUAUUACAGGACAUUGAAAUAAUAGCCAACAAAAAACAGAAAAGAUUAGUCUUUUUUUGCCACAUGUAGUGAUAUUUUAUGUACCCGUUAUGGUUGAUAGUAAUUAUGUAAUGACUCACAAUAUACACUCUCAACAUACAUACGUAGAAAUGAAAACAGGUAUAAACAAAGUUUUAUACUACUGUAUGACAUUGAUUAAAUAUUUUACUUUCAGUUUA